GGGGUUCGAUCCCCCGCAUCUCCAUCUUUGUUUUCCCGUUUUGCACGCUUAAGUGGAAAGCGGUGUUCAAGACGACGACGUCUAAUUCCCAUCUGACGAUGACGGCGGCUUAAGAUCCAAAAAGGGCCCCCCCGAUCUUUCUGGGUGUUUAGUAGCAAAACAAUUGAACAGCAAACCUACCUUCGACCAACCUACCUUCUACGGAAUUGCGUCCAAUUCCAUCUUUUUCACUGAACAAGAAGGUUCGUACUUCCGAUUAUGUUCAUCACUAAGUUUACACGUCUUGGAGCUCAUGUGAUAAAGGGUUUAAGAAGAGGUGAAACAUCCACUCAAAGAAUACCAUAUACACAACUUUUUCACAACCGCCCUUUGCUGCACUUGAAUUAUAAUUUUUUCUCAAGUAAUGCUGCCGACAAAGCUCAAGGAGGAGGCCAUACAGAGAAGGAAAAAAUAUCGGUGACGUUUGUUUACAAAGAUGGAGAAGAGAAGACAAUUAAAGUCCCAAUUGGGAUGUCUAUGCUUGAAGCUGCCCAUGAAAAUGACAUAGAUCUCGAAGGAGCAUGUGAAGGAUCACUUGCUUGUUCCACUUGUCAUGUGAUUGUGAUGGACAUGGAGUACUAUAAUAAGCUAGAAGAUCCAACUGAUGAGGAGAAUGACAUGUUGGAUCUUGCUUUUGCUCUUACAGAAACGUCUCGUUUGGGUUGUCAAGUGAUUGCAAGACCCGAACUUGAUGGAUUGCGCUUAGCACUUCCUGCAGCCACACGCAACUUUGCCGUCGAUGGAUACAAGCCAAAACCACAUUAGAAAAUUUCUCUUAAGAGGAAAUACCAAGGCUUCACGUAACAAAGAAUGGGUAUCUGCCAGUUUUGUAGCAGUCUAGGACCCUGUAACAUGAGUGUACUGUUGCUAUGUUUUCAGAAGAAUGUUGAAACUUAAUGUAUAAUUCUUUGGAGGUAUUACACUCCCAAUUGCCCGCUGAUUGAGAGUUUGAAAUUACACUUCUGUUUCUGGCUAGAACUGCAAAGCCACUGUCUGUGACUAGGGAGUUCAACACCCGGAGUUGUGGGUGGUGGGACAAUGCAAAUCCAUUUCUCCAAGCAUAGAGUGCAGGAAUGAUUAAUCCAUUUUCGAUUUUAUA